ACGUGACGAUCUACGGUGUGGUUCGUCAGCUGACGCGCAACCGAUAAUAAACGACGGAUUCUCGCUUCGCUCGAGAACUUUUUUCGCGAGAUUCAAUUCGCUUACCAAGACAAACGUAUAAUGGCGCUUCAUUCCGCAGGGAAGGGUAAACUUUUGGCGGUGAUCGGCGACGAGGAUACUUGCGUGGGUUUCUUGCUGGGUGGAGUUGGAGAGAUCAAUAAGCACCGUCAGCCUAACUUCAUGGUUGUCGACAAAAACACACCCGUGAGUGAAAUAGAGGAUACUUUUAAGCGAUUUGUCAAGCGCGACGACAUCGACAUCAUUCUUAUUAAUCAGAAUGUAGCGGAAAUGAUUCGUCAUGUAAUUGACGGUCAUACUCAACCGAUACCCUCUGUAUUGGAAAUUCCCAGCAAGGAUCAUCCAUAUGACGCCAGUAAAGAUUCCAUCUUGAGACGUGCUAAGGGCAUGUUCAAUCCAGAAGAUAUUCAUUAAUAUAAAUGUGACGUUAACAAGAUCACACCAAAUGUGUACAA